AUGAAACGCAAGGUCGCUGCCCUCGAGAAGAUCGAUGCUGAUUUCGCGAGUCUUCAGCAGAAAAUCCGUCGCGAUCCCAAAUCAUAUAAGGAAGAGUUUCUGAAGCAAUGGGAACAGUAUGAGGCGCAGCGCGAGAUCUUUCUCGUGUCUCCCUCCACGGCGACCGCUGACUCGGUUGUGUCUUUCCACAACAUUAUCGACCUGAUCGCUCACGUUGCCGAUUGCUACAAAGAGGAAACAGCGACCUUCCCUGACGAUCUCAAGACCAUUCUGACACAGCAUCAUGUUGUUCUUCACCCCGAGCUGCGGGAGAAGAUCGUGGGAAGUCUGGUCCUGCUCCGCCGAAAAGAAGUCAUCGACUCGACCAGUGUCCUCACCACGCUUUUCCCCAUCCUCGUAUCGUCGCCGAGCAAAACUCUACGUGAAACAUUAUUCUCAAAGAUCCUCAGCGACCUGCGAAACUCGAACACAAAGUCCAUCAACCAUCCUCUCAACCGCACAGUCCAAACCGUCCUCUACAAUCUUAUCACCGCCGACCGAUCCUCCCCACGAGCCAUCUGGGCCAUCAAGCUUACCCGCGAGAUGUGGAAGCGACAGUUCUGGACCGAUGCUAAGCCUGUGGAUGUGAUGAAGGAGGCGUGUCUUUCUGAUAACGAGAAGGUCGUUGUUGGUGCUGUUCGUUUCUUCCUUGGAGGAGAUAAGGAGCGUGAGGAAAUGGAAGACGAGAGCAGUGACGAAGAGGUUGAUCUGAGCCAGGUCAAGCACCAGAUGGGCAUCAACAAGAAGACCAAGAAGUCAAAGAAGGCUUAUGACAGAGCUGUUGAUAAGGUGAAGCGUAACGAGCGCAAGAAGACCAAGCCUCAUCCUCUCAACUUCUCAGCUCUGCAUCUCCUUCACGACCCUCAGAACUUUGCCGAACAGCUCUUCUCAAAACACCUACAAAACACCAAGGCGAAGCUGUCCCUCGAAACAAAGCUUCUAGUGACUCAGCUGGUUACUCGACUUGUUGGUCUGCACAAGUUGACCAUCGUGGCGCUUUACUCCUGGUUUAUCAAGUUCCUUACUCCCCGACAACAGUCCGUCACAUCUUUCCUGGCUUCCUUGGCACAGGCUGUGCACAACUUGGUGCCUCCUGAUGUGCUUGAGCCUUUGAUCCAGAAGAUCGCCAACGAGUUCGUCUCAGAAGCUUCGGCCGCCGAGGUUGCUGCUGCCGGUUUGAACUCCAUUCGUGAGAUCUGUGCCCGUCAACCUCUAGCCAUGACCGACACACUACUACAGGAUUUGGUUCAAUACCGUAAGAGUAAGGACAAGGGUGUUAUGAUGGCUGCCAAAGGUCUUCUGUCGCUGUACCGAGAGGUCGGCGCAGAGCUUCUUAAGAAGCGAGACCGUGGUAAGAACGCCACUAUCAACAUGAGGGCUGGCAUCCAGGCUCAGCGCAAGUUUGGUGAACAGGAUGCUGGUGGAAUUGAGGGUCUGGAGCUUCUCGAGAAGUGGAAGGAGGACGAAAAGAAGAAAAGACGACUUGCGAAGGGUCUUCCCGAGGACGCUGACAGCGAUGAAGAGGAGGAUGAAGGCAACAAGUCUGAUGAGUGGGAGGUUGACUCUGAUGAUAGCAGCGACUCUGGCGAAUGGAUCAACGUCCACCACUCUUCCGACGAGGAGGAUGAUGAUGAGGAGCCUGCAACAAAGAAGCAAAAGACAGAAGGAGAUAUCGUUGCGGACGAAAAGGCCAAGAAGGACCAGGAGGAGAAGGAAGCCGAGAUCGACCGAAUCUCCCUGCUCGCCACGACAACCAUCCUCACACCCGCCGAUCUCGCCAAACUCCAAGAACUGCGCAUGUCCGCCUCGGUCGACAAGGCACUAGGCAAGCACCGCAAGCGCCAGCAGGAGCUCGAGAACCGCCACCGCGACGACGGCCUCACGGCGGAGGAGAUCGAGGCACCUGCGCGCCUGCGCAAGAUGACCAAGGAGGAGCGCAAGGAGCUCGCGCUGGAGGGCAAGCCGGACCGCGACGAGCACAAGAGCACGCAGGCGAUCCGCAAGUCCAAGAUGCAGGCGUCGGGCAAGAGCACGAGCAACAGGGAGAAGCAGCGCAACAAGAACAUCUUUAUGACCAUGGGCAAGGCCAAGAGCAAGCACAAGCGGAGUUUGGUCGAGACGAGAAAGGUGCUCACAAGACACGUUACCAGGAGUACCAGAGGUGGAAGAAGAGCGAACGGUACAUAA